GACAGCAUGACGGAAGAUGGCGAUUUUGCAGACGAAACUUUCUUGGAAUUCAGUGCUUGUUGCCGUUCUAAUUAUUGUGACAAUAGUCAUAACUUGUUCAGAAGGGGAGGCAUGGGGUAAAGAAGACUGGCUCCUUCCAUACAACAUCAACAAACGACAUGGAUCAAAACUUCUCCACCGUCAAAUCCGUGAUUGUCAGCACAUCAAAUACAAAAAUGUCACCCAUGAACUUUUCGCCGCCCAUGGCACAAGCAAUGGCACAGUCGUCCUACCGAUAGUCACUACAAAAUAUUUCCGGACUAAAGUUGGCCCGUAUUAUCAUCAAAAAACGAUAUACGGUCACAUUAGUUAUGUAAAUAAUCCAAAGAGGACGCUGUCUGUAAUUGAACCUGGGGGACCAGGUGGUUGUGCUAAUCAUACUAGAGAAACUGUCAAAAAUACUGCAAAGAAGAAAAAGUGCAUUGUUUCAACUAAUGCAGGGUUUUUCAAUACCAAAACUGGUGCUUGUUUAGGUAAUGUGUUUUCUGAAGGAAAACUUGUCCAAAGUUCUAAUGGAAUCCAAAAUGCCCAUUUUGGCAUUACACAAGAUGGUAAAAUAUUUGUUGGGUAUAUGAGUGAGGCAGACCUGACCAGAUUCAAGUUUGCAAACCUUGUUGGCGGUGUUAUAUGGCUGGUACGGAGAGGAGAGAGUUACGUCGAUGAGUCAAUGAAGGUAGAAUGUCAGGACACGGAAGAAACAGGUACGUUGCAGCGCUUUGUUGAUGUUGUGUCAGCUAGGACGUCCAUUGGUCAUGAUAAGUUUGGGAAGAUCAUCAUGGUGACCGUAGAGGGAAAAACUGAUCAAGCUGGGGUGAACCUGCGAGAGUAUGCCGACUUCCUGAUCAAGAUGGGUGUGUAUAAUGCCAUCAAUCUUGAUGGAGGUGGCUCAGCAUCUAUGGUACUGAAUGGAACAACCAUUAACUAUCCCUCGGAUGAAUGUUCAACCCAUCCCUUUGUCUGCGAUCGUAAGAUCACGACCAUCGUGUGCGCACAUGAACCAGAAUGUCGGCCGUCAGCCAAUUGCAGCGGCCAUGGUAAUUGCGUUGCUGGGAGGUGUGUGUGUCGAUACCCAUGGACUGGUGCUGCGUGUGAUGUCCUCAAGUGUGCGAGUAAUUGUAGUGGAAACGGUGACUGUACAGCAGAUGGCUGUGCCUGUAAAGCUGGUUGGGCAGGAUCACUUUGUGAUAAGAAGUGUUCGCCUGGCAGCUAUGGUGUCCAGUGCAAUAUGACUUGUUCCUGUGCCAAUGGAGGAAAGUGUGAUCCUGCUGAUGGGUCCUGUGACUGUAAGCCAGGCUGGUCCAGGCCUAGAUGUGAGCUGCCCUGUCCUCAUGGUCACUAUGGAGCCAAGUGUCGUGGUAUAUGCUAUUGCCCAGAUACCUGUAUUUGUGAUGCCUUCACUGGUGCCUGCAAUGAAACACUGGUCGAUAUUACAUUCCUUCAAACUGGGGCGUGCCUUGCUAAGAAGAUCAUUAAAAAGGAACACUUGGUGAGAGAACGAACCGUCCCAGAUUAUAAACUGUGGAUAAUAAGUCUUGUCUGCCUCUCUGUGAUUGCUGCUAUUAGUCUCGUCGUAAAUAUAUCGCUAGUGUGCUACUAUUCCAAAUGUGGUACAAAUCGAUCCCGCACGAAAUACCAACAACUUGGAGCGCCAUUUUCAACGGUCACGAGUCACAUGACGUAUGUGGAUAGUCCAUCCCAUAGUUCUGCGGAUGAGAGUGAUGGAGAUGUUGAGGCAUGGAGUAGAAAUGCAGAGCGGAAUAAACUUGUCCAAAUCGAGGAACCGUCCGGGAAAGGAAAAGGAUCAGAGAGUUAGCCGAUUCUCACAUCUUUUUGAAAGAAAUAAAGAGUGCAACUACAAUUAUUUAAAUUCAUUUACUAAAGUUCAUUUGAAGAGUUCAGAUGCAAAAGCAACAGUGUUAAAAACCUUACAGGGUGUGCCUGAAAUGUUUCUUGCAGAACUUCUGCUGGGUUACAGUUUGAUUUUGUCAAAUUUUAUUUAUCCUAUUUUAAUUUGUUAAGUAUAUAUGCAGCUCUGUCGAACUCGAGAACCCAACUUUUCUUAAGCUCCGCCCCCAAACUUGAUUUUGUAAUCGCAGGUAGCAGUGAUUUUAAUCACUCAUUUGUGGAGUGCUUAAGGUGGAGUGAUUUUGCACAAUUUGAUGUAAAUUUUGGCUGUGUGCAAAAACAAUCGAGAGUACAGUUGGGUUCUCUAGUUCGACCCAACCUGAUAUGAAGGAAUGCAUGUAUUGGUUAUGGUGAAGUCUAUUUAUAAAGAAGCCAUGGUGUUAGGGCAAAAUAAACAAUGAAUAUUUUGUAAA